UACCGUUUCCACUGCAGCAUGGGCCAUCUACUUGGGACUUGAGGAGGCUUUUCCAUAGGCUGCAGGAUCGAUUUGAGUUUGUAUAAAAAAAAAAUAAAAAUAAAAAGGGAAAAAAAAGUAUUAAUUGUCCAAUCGAUUCCUCAUCUCGGAGACCGUCCAUCCAUUUUCUGUACAGGAAUUCCGUACGAGAACCCUAGAGACAAUCAGCUCAAGCUCCUCCCUCCAGUUCUGCCUCGGUUUUCUCAAAGGAAGAUCUAGGGUUCCGACCCCUAUAGCUCUCAAUUGCUCUGAAAUGGGAAGCAAGAGAGAAGAGGAGCGAAAUGAGAAGAUUAUACGUGGUCUCAUGAAGCUUCCGCCCAAUCGGAGGUGCAUCAACUGCAACAGUUUGGGUCCUCAGUAUGUUUGUCCCAAUUUUUGGACUUUCAUCUGUACAACUUGCAGUGGGAUACAUCGUGAAUUUACUCAUCGUGUGAAGUCCGUCUCCAUGGCUAAGUUUACUUCACAAGAGGUUGAAGCACUUCAAAAUGGUGGUAACCAGCGUGCAAGGGACACAUAUCUGAAGGAUUGGGACCUUCAAAGGCAGCGAUUGCCUGACAGCAGCAAAGUUGAUAAAAUACGGGAGUUUAUAAAGAAUGUGUAUGUGGAGAGAAGAUAUGUUGGAGGAAAGACCUCUGACAAGCCUCCAAGAGAUGUGCAGAACCUUAGCAUCUCUGAAGUCGAGGCGAGACGUGCCAGUUCGUAUCAUUCUUAUUCUCAGAGUCCACCUUAUGAUUAUCAAUAUGAAGACCGACGGUAUGGAAAACAAGCUGCUGCCCUGUCCAGGAAGCCUGGUUCAGAUCGAGGUCGCUAUGAGGGGAAGAUGUCUAGUUUAGUCUACAGUCCUGGUCGCUUAAGUGAAAAAAUGUAUGAGGACAGGUUUGCAAAUGAAGGCUCCAUUUCCAGAGUUUCGGACUACUCUGUGUCUAGUGCAGGUGAUCCAUUCAGAUCUAAUGCUGGGUCUCCUAAUUUUCAUAAGGAUGUUGGAUUUAGCAGCCCCCCUAUUCAGCCUUCGAGGGGUAGUUUAAGUGAAGACUCUUGGUUUCAAGCAAUAAAUGCAUCUUCUGAGGCACAUGCCAAGAGAGAUGGAGAUGGAAUUCCACGUCCGCAGAGAACUGCAUCUUUGGGUAGCUUUGGAUCCAUGGACAGCAAUUCCCUGUCUUACAAGUCAUAUAACGCUGGUGGUUUAACAGAUGUUGUCUCAGAAACAUUAAAGGAUAAAGCAUCUCCAAUUACGCGAUCAUCUGUUUCUGAAAGUUCUGGUAAUUUGGAUCUUUUCGCACCACCCAUUUCAGAACCAGAGUCUUCUGCAGUUUCAUCCUUCGAUUUAUUUAGAAUACCGGCAGCAUCAUCAGCUCCAUCUCUGGAUUUGUUUCAACCAUCUGUUAUAUCUCCGGCUUCAUCUGUGAAUCUAUAUCAACCACCACAAACUUCCACAUCGUCAUCCUUGGACUUCUUUGCUCUGCAGCAGCCAGCGACAACCUUGGAUAAAGAACCAGCUCACUUAUCUGUCCCUGAAAAUGAAGGAUGGGCGACAUUUGAUACACCUCAGGCCACUCCUGCAUCUAUUCCACAUGCUGAAAAUCCUACCCCUGAAAGAGUACCUAGUAGUGAUGUAGGUUCAUUGGAAAAGUUGGACUUGUUUUCAUCCUUAAAUACAAACAUGCAUUGGCCCUCAUUUCAAUCUGAUAGUUUUCUUGGGUCUUCUUCAACAAUGUCUAAUCCAUGGCAUGAUGUGCACAAUGUUCAACCUUGCACUACAGCAACAAGUGCUCAGAUGGCAUGCAGUAAAUUGAAGGGAUUUGGUCAGGUUGUAUCUUUUGUCUCUGAACAGGCAUGGAAUGCAUUUGAAGAUCCCACGGGGAACCUUCCUUUGGAAGGAAAUAAGCAAGGUAGUGAACUACAGCUAGAAACUCACAAUCCUUCAUCAACUGCUGAUCAGUACUUGGGCUUAAGAGAUUUAGAGAACUCCAUUAAAGAGGGGAUUCAAAGAGCUGCCUCUGAUGACGGGUCCCUGGCUCCAAGCUUGCCAUCACAUGGUGGCAUGGGGCCAUCAUAUACUCCAAUGCUUCCUCUGAUGGGAGAGACGAAAUCACAUGCAAUGGACCAUAAAUCUACAAACCCAUUUGAUCUCCUGAAUGAUUCUGAUUUUGAACAGAGCAAUAUGUGGACAUGAGCCCCUUGGACGCUGCUCUCCCCAAUGCCCAGUUGUCAUCCACCUUUCAUGGUGUAUCUCAACCAUGGUUCCCACAAAAUACAGUGACUCCUUAUAUUCCAGCUGUAGGACAAGGUGGCUUAACGUACAUGGCAGGGCAAACACCAAGCUCUCAAAUACCGAAUGUCCCGUCGCAGGGGCCGGUUGCUUCCAUUGGAGGAAACCCUUUUGCAUAGAGGAUUAGAUUAUGGUGGAGAAAUCAUUAUCUUAAUUAUUUUCAGUGUGUAGAACUUUUUCAUUGACUAUUAAUAUCUAGGCAUUUUAUUUUUAUUUUUAUUUUUUAAUUUUUAAAUGUUAUAUAUAAUCUAGAAUAAUCAAUUUUCAUGGUAUUAUUCAUUUAUGUAGGACGCCUGUGAAUUAGUUUGGUUAAAACUGCAAGGCCAUUAAACUUAUUUGUCUUAUGUUGAGGCCUCCGUUUGACAUUGUAGUUAAAUUGGCGGUGUAUUAUUGAAUUUUAGGUUGGGCG